GGGCCGGUGGGGCGAGCCCCUCAUUCGGCGCUUUUUAAGUUCUCGGGAGGAAUGAGUGACUGCAGGCAGGGGCCUUUGGCGGUGUCGUUUGUGGGCUGGUUGGCUGGGCGGAGCUGGUCGCGGGGGCCGUGGCGCCGGUCGCACAGCCCUGCCUCCGGUCGGGGGCAAAAAGCUGAGGCGCGUCUCCUUUAAUUGCGGUGGGCGGGACGCGGCGACGGGGUCCGCGUUGCUAUUGGCGGCCGUUGGGGGCGCGGAAACUGAACGGGCCGCAACGGCCGUCGCAGCUGCUUCGGGCUCUUCAGGCGCCUCUGGCGCUGCCAGCCUCGCUAUGGCUGCGCCCUGCCCGGAGGACCCCUCGCUGGAGAGGCAUUUUAAGGGCCACCGAGAUGCGGUUACCUGUGUGGACUUCAGUCUCAACAUGAAGCAGCUGGCCAGUGGCUCCAUGGACUCGUGCCUCAUGGUCUGGCACAUGAAGCCCCAGUCACGUGCCUACCGCUUCACUGGCCACAAGGAUGCUGUCACCUGCGUGAACUUCUCCCCUUCGGGACACCUUCUUGCCUCAGGCUCCCGAGACAAGACUGUCCGCAUCUGGGUGCCCAAUGUCAAAGGUGAGUCAACUGUGUUUCGUGCACACACAGCCACAGUGAGGAGUGUUCACUUCUGCAGUGACGGCCAGUCCCUUGUGACGGCCUCUGACGACAAGACAGUCAAGGUGUGGUCGACUCAUCGCCAGAAAUUCCUGUUCUCCCUGAGCCAGCAUAUCAACUGGGUCCGCUGUGCCAAGUUCUCCCCUGAUGGGCGGCUCAUCGUGUCUGCCAGUGAUGACAAGACUGUCAAGCUGUGGGACAAGAACAGCCGGGAGUGUGUCCACUCAUACUGCGAGCAUGGAGGCUUUGUCACCUAUGUGGACUUCCACCCCAGCGGUACGUGCAUUGCUGCUGCCGGCAUGGACAACACAGUGAAGGUGUGGGACGUGCGGACUCACCGGCUGUUGCAGCAUUAUCAGCUGCACAGCGCAGCAGUGAAUGCCCUCUCCUUCCACCCGUCGGGAAACUACCUAAUCACAGCCUCCAGCGACUCGACCCUGAAGAUCUUGGACCUGAUGGAGGGCAGGCUGCUCUACACACUCCACGGGCAUCAGGGACCAGCCACCACUGUUGCCUUUUCAAGAACGGGGGAGUAUUUUGCUUCUGGAGGCUCUGAUGAACAGGUGAUGGUUUGGAAGAGUAACUUUGAUGUUGAUUAUGGAGAAGUCCUAAAAGUGCAGAGGCCCCCAGCCACACUGGCCAGCUCCGCUGAGAAUCUGCCAGCAGUGGAUUUCCCCAUCCCACCAGGCAGAGGCAAGAGUCUGGAGUCGGUGCAGAGCCAGCCCCCGGAGCCCGUCAGCCUGCCCCAGACGCUGACCAGCACCCUGGAGCACAUCGUGGGCCAGCUGGACGUCCUCACCCAGACAGUCUCCAUCCUGGAGCAGCGGCUGACGCUGACAGAAGACAAGCUGAAGCAGUGUCUGGAGAACCAGCAGCUAAUCAUGCAGAGAACGACACCAUGAUCGGGGGAGCAAGAAUCAGGAGCUUGGUCGAUUUGGGGGGGGUGGCAGGCCAGGGAUUUGUACUGUGGGACUUGGGCAUAUAAAUAAAGGGGAUUCAACUUUGUGGGAAUCACAUCCGUACCGGAGCCCCAGGAUUAUGCAGUUCUGCCCUGCACCCUGCUGUUGGCACCGGGUGGCUCCCCCAGCAGCCAGACAUCCGCAGCGGACAGGGCCACGCAGAAAGGAUGCUUAAGGCCCGACGGCCAGGACCGUGUUUCACUUAAUGUACAGGAGCCGCUUGAAAACGUUUGCUACCUCGGAGUCCUAAGAUUAUAGCUCCCGCUCUGAAGGAAGUGGUCCCAAGAUGCCUUGCUUUUCACUCACCUUGCCAUUCGGACACGUGACUGACUUCUCUCACCCCUGCCACGGCUUAGGAAUUGACUACUUGUUGGUUGGAUGAGCCAGGAAUUUUCUGUAAAUCUGACCAAAGGCCCAAAGUGGGCCCAUCCGAGUCAGGCCUGUCCAGGAACAAGCCCUCUGGAGUGGGUGGUGACUUUGCGAUGGCCUUGGUUUUUGAUCCACACAUGUUCACUGGGGCCUCCUCCCUGCAUGAGUGAGGGCAAAGGAACUGAAAAUUAAAACUGACUUUAUUGCACUUGUUGCAGGAA